UGCUUGGAGUUUGGACAGGGUUACGUGAUACCUCCCUGCGAUUUUUUUUCCAUCCACCUCAGCAAUAGCAGACAAUGAUGAGUAGCUUUAUUCUACUAGCUCUGCUGCUUAUCACCUAUGGUCCUCUAGCGUUAGCACGUCCCAGUGGAAAUGGCGAGGGGGGCCAAGCCGUUGACCUCUCCCUGCUCUCCGAUGACCUCGUCUUCGGCUUGUACGCUGAGCUAGCUAGGCAGAGGCCAGGAGAAAACCUCAUCUUCUCGCCCCUGGGGGUGUCGUUGGCGCUGCUCAAGCUGUCUAGGGUGUGCCAGGCCCACGCUCUGACCUCCAGCCGGGUGGAGAUUCUCGCCGCGUUCGGGCUGCAGAACAGGACAGAGGUGGAUGGCGACGCAGAACGGACACUUGGUGCCCUCGACAGCCUGGUGACGGACCUGGUGACCGAAGGCAAAGGGGAGCCCCAGCUCAGCGUUCAGACCUUCCUGCAGCUCAAUGGCAACAGACUCAGCCUGGGCCAGCAUGUCAACCAGUCCAGCGGUCCUGGGGAGGGACACACGUCGUCUAAACCUGGUCAGCCCAAGAGUGGAAACACGAAACUGUUGUUUUCCAAGAAGAGCACAGACAAACUCAUUCUUUCAAAUAAAGUACAAUUGACAGGACGGUGGAGGCAGCCGUUUGACAGCCGGCGGACACUGGGCUGGCGUUUCCACCCAAACACGACGACGAGUGUGGAGGUUGCCAUGAUGUACCGGGAUGAUACGGCCGAGCAAAAGAUGCUCUACGACACCAACUGCUCCACCACCGUAGUGCAGCUCCAGUACUCUGGACGCCUGUCGGCGCUACUCCUGCUUCCCCGCGGGGUCGUCCGGCCCCUGGAGGAGUGCCUGUCCAUCACCAAGAUGAAGUUCUGGCUCUCGAACCUCAAAGCCGGGCGUGCAGAGAUCCGUGUCCCGAAGUUUGCAUUGAGAAAAUCAUACACUUUAGAGAAGGCCUUGAAGACAUCUGGUAUCCAGGGUGUGUUCUCUCAACAAAGUCUGCAGCUUUCUCAGGCUCUGCAUGAAGUUCAGCUGGUGAUGAAUGAGUCCAAGGCUGAGGACAGAGGGCGAUCUGACACAGCCAUAGACCUGUCCGAACCCCAUAGGAUCAUCUUUGACAGACCAUUUAUGUUGAUUGUAUAUGAUGAAAUCACAGAGGCCAUUGUUUUGAUGGGAAAGAUAAUGGAUCCAACAGUAAAGUAAUAUAUUGAUCGCAAUAGUUGUUUCCAUCCAUUUGACAUGAUAUAUGUGUAAUCAUUAAAAGGAACAUUGGUACAAAUUCA